AAAGGGCCAGCGGGGCACGUGGCUCGGGACGCAGUUCGCGGCCGCUCGGCAGUAGGUCCCAGGUUAGGCGGGUCCCGCUCCGCUUCCGCCGUCGCCGCCGCGCCGCCCCAGGCCCGACAGGCCGGGUCCAGGGACUGCAACCCAGCGAGGGACGCGGGCAGCCAUGGCCGAAGCGGCGCCUGCCCUGGCCCCAGAGACAGACAAGCACACAGAGGACCAGAGUCCUUCGGCACCCUUGCCCCAGCCAGCUGCUGAGAAGAACUCGUACCUCUACUCCACGGAAAUCACACUGUGGACGGUGGUGGCCGCCAUUCAGGCCUUGGAGAAGAAGGUGGAUUCCUGCCUGACCCGCUUGCUGACUCUGGAGGGGCGCACAGGGACAGCUGAGAAGAAGCUGGCCGACUGCGAGAAGACAGCUGUGGAGUUCGGGAACCAGCUGGAGGGCAAGUGGGCCGUGCUGGGGACCCUGCUGCAGGAGUACGGGCUGCUGCAGAGGCGGCUGGAAAACGUGGAGAACCUGCUGCGCAACAGGAACUUCUGGAUCCUGCGGCUGCCCCCGGGCAGCAAGGGGGAGGCCCCCAAGGUGCCUGUGACCUUCGAUGAUGUGGCCGUGUAUUUCUCUGAGCUGGAGUGGGGCAAGCUGGAGGACUGGCAGAAGGAGCUCUAUAAGCACGUGAUGAGGGGCAACUAUGAGACGCUGGUCUCCCUGGAUUAUGCCAUCUCCAAACCGGACAUCCUCACCCGGUUAGAGAGGGGAGAGGAGCCUUGUCCUGACCGGUGGGGCCAGGAGAAGGGGAAUGAAGUACAGGUGGGGCAUCCAAGGAUGUUGGACACUGGCCUCCCUCCAUAUCCAGAGCACCUCACCAGCCCACUCAGCCCUGCCCAGGAGGAGCUGAAAGAAGGGCAGGCCCCCAAGCAGCAGCAGGACUCAGAAGUGAGAAUGACCCCAGCCGGGCCAGAAGCAGGUGGUGGUGUGGCCAUCAAGACAGAGGCACAGUCCGAAGACGAGAUGACUCCUGAGCGGCUCUUUCUGGGGGUGUCCCAAGGCCAGACCGAGUGUAGAAUCCCACAAGGGCCCAGGAACAGGCCUGGGGGCCCCAGCCGUCAUCAGGCCCAGGGCGUGCCCAGGGUGCGGGCAGGGGAGCCUCGGCCACCGGGGGUCGGCGGGGAGACGCCCCGAGUCCUCUCCCGCCGGCGGCAGCGGGCAUUCCCCUGCCCCGACUGCGGGCAGAGCUUCCGCCUGAAGAUCAAUCUGACGAUUCAUCAGCGGACCCACGUGGAGGAGGGGCGGCAGGAGGCCCCCGGCCACUCGCCCACCAACUGCAGGGACAGCCAGGCCACGCUGGAGCCGGGGGAGGUGGUAGUGCCCGGCCCUGUCAUCCGCUGGCUCCCCGAGGAGCCUGGGGGUUGCCACUCCGUGGCAGGGGGCCGUGCAUUGGUGGGGCGGCGGCCUGCAGCCAGCAAGAUGUACCACUGCAGCGAGUGCCUGCGCUUCUUCCAGCAGCGCAAGAGCCUGCUGCUGCACCAGCGCCUGCACACCGGCAACGGCCAGGGCUGGCCCGCCUGCCCCUACUGCGGCAAGGCCUUCCGCCGGCCCUCGGACCUCUUCCGGCACCAGCGCAUCCACACCGGUGAGCGGCCCUACCAGUGCCCCCAGUGUGGCCGGACCUUCAACCGGAACCACCACCUGGCUGUGCACAUGCAGACCCACGCCCGAGGCCAGGCGGGCCCACACUUGCCUGCCACCCCUGCCCGCCACGGGAGCCUGCCCCUGCCCUGGCCCAGCCGGACGGAGGAGGGCUGACCAGGCAGGAGCCCACAGGGGACCCCUGGCGGGGUCUCUCCCCUGUGUCUGACGCGGGUUCUUCCUCUUCCUGGGAUGGAGAGAGGUUUGUUGUUUUUACCCAUUCAAAUGGGAAGCUAGCCGCCCUUCUGGUGACAGUGUGUG